AUGGCGGAGACCAAUGAUCUACCCAGAAGAAUGUUUGCUCUAGGGCAUGAACCCGUCGGCUUGAGAGUGUCACCAUACCACAAACCCGAUGCACUUUGCCACACAAUAGAUUCGUUAGAAGAAGGCAAAAUCGAGGUUUUAAAAAGAUCUCCUUUUGGGAGAUUCCUAGAGCUAGCCGACAAGACGCCAUACUCUGGCCAUCUAGGUCGAUACAUGCUUUCGAGACAGCUGAAAGAAGUAACUGCAACAUCUGUUAUCAGGAUGCUCAAGCGCAAGACUAUCACCGACCCAGAUGCACGGAUAAAGUAUGCCUGCCUGGCUAUACUCGCAUACGUGAUACUGCCUACAACACACAUUCCCAAAAUAUUAGUUGAACACGCCGAAAAAAUCAGAGAUCUUGAUGAGUUCUUCGCGUACCCGUGGGGUCGGGUAUCCUUUGAAAUGCUCAUGAGUAGCAUAAAAGAGAAAGACGAGGUAGCUCUGACUCAAAGCACAAUUGCCCUGCAAGGCUACGUGCAGUCCCUUCAGAUGGUCAUGACAAAAUUAGUUCCAGCUUUAACAGAGUUAGUUCGUCAAGAUUCACCAACGGAUGCUGCGGGCAACGAUGAUGGUGACUUCGCAUUCCCCCCGUCCAAGAAUGGUUCGUGUGCUUCGAUUAUCCAGCCAGACACUGACUUCGAGAUCAACAAAGACUGCUUGUUUUUUUCCGAUGAUGAAGACAAUGACAGCGUAGAAAAAAUGGUGAGCCUCAUCAGAGACGGUGCCCACUUUACAAAGAAGAUGUUCAUAGGGGGAGCUACCUCUGCUGGCGUAGAGCGCAUGAGAGAGGAGGCUGAGGCUGAAGCACUAGCGAAAAAGAAAAGGAAGAGGAAAACCCCCUGCCAAACGAUACCAACACCAACACAAGCGCCCGUUGAUGCAGAGCUCAUUGCCUCACUUGUACAAGCUAAGAUCGAAAUCCAAAUUGAUAUGGUCGAAGGCAAGGUCGAUGACCUACGGGAAUCAUUUGAUCAGUUGCAAGAGGUCGUGAAAAAAACACAUUUCCGAAAACUCAGCCCAACUGCUUGUUCUUCAGAACGACUUUAA